UUACAAACUUAAUGUACACAGAGAGCAAAUGUACUCGCUAUCAGGGCUUUACCAGCAAACUGCAUACACUUUACCAUACAAUUAAACAUGCUGUUUAUCUACUGUCGGUAAGAGAGAAUUUUAAUGAUGGUGACCGUCACUUUUACGCUACUUAUGACGUCAUUUUUCCAUGGCAGCAGCUCUCUUCCGAUAGAGAGUUGUCCCAUGUUCGGCUGUCGUCCCUCUGGAACCUUCUCGUAUGACAUUGAUGUCACUAACAAUGUCUCAUUAGCUUGGCCUAAACCUUUUCGACAAUCUGAAUCACCUGAUACGUUAGGUUGUCUUGGAAACGAAGCAAUUGUGGUAUGUCAAGGUGACGGUCGGAUAAACAGGGGUUAUGUCAGCCUGAACGUUGACAACGGUUCCCUGGUCUGGUCGGACAAGGUUCUUAAUCAACCCUCUCUGCCAAUGAUGGACGUCUACGGAGACGUUGUAGGGACGGAUGGACGCAAGCUGGUGAUGUACGAGGUCGAUGGGACGCUGGUCAAGCCGAUCGUCAACGAAAAGACCUGUUUACAGGUAAGAUCUUUUUUAAUUUCUGAAAAAAAUAUAUUUGCCAUUGUUUCAAAGAAGGGAAUAUUGGUAACAGUUGAAUCGAACGGGGUUCCACAUGCGUUCAUGGAUUUCCGAGGUUGGGAAGAACGCAUGAAUGGAACGUUUAUUCCCAUCGCACCGCCUGUAGUAAAUGGGCACCGGAUAUACAUGUUGACGGCCUUCCGUCCCGACAACAACAAAUCGGAACUGUUGAUGCGGCGGCUGUAUGCUGUAGAUAUAUUUAAUGUUCUCUCUGGAAAACUGAAAGUUGCUUGGUAUUACAACUUCGAAAAGCUCUCCUAUUCGAAGUAUGAUAUACCGAUAAAACACAAUGUAGACGAUGUCUCUCCGCCACAAAUCUUACUUAAUACGGAUACUGAAACACUCUAUGUAAAUUUACCGCCCCUGCAUUAUACGGAAAAUGCCAUUCACUUGUUAUAUGGCUUUAAAGAUGACUUAAACAGCACAGUUCCGACCACAUUGUUUAAAACACCACAGUCUGUUUCUCAACUUUCGAUGUAUGAAUCGGGUAAAGGACGUUUGGAAACUCUAAAGACUGAAAACCAUGGUCACUGGGUACCUUUUCAAGGAAUACAUAAACCACGAGGUGCCAUCAACGAGAAUUCCGAUACCAUAAAUGGUUCUGUGCUUUGGGCCGUGUCAACAGAUAAAAGUCUCAUCCUUAAGUUAUCUCCGACUGAUGGAUCAGUGUUGUCUCAUAUUUCUCUGAAGAAUAUUUUCGACAUGCCAGCCAUGGUUACGUCUAGAAUCAUGGUGGCGAAAUCAAAGAGUCCACCGGGCGAGUUCCUUAUUUUUGGAAUAGACGUAUCACCAUCAAAUGGUUCUGUCUCAAAAACAUUUAAAAAUCUGUGCAACAAUCUUUUAACAAAUCCUCAUUUAGGAUACUACGUAGUUAGUAUACAGCUUACAAAUUUAGUUGUCAACUGGGUUAUUGAUACUCCAAACCAAUAUCCAGUGGUCGGACAAAUAGCUGGGAUUAAGCGAGGCAAGGACAAGACAGACUUGUUAAUCGUAACAACCAAUGCUCAACAGGGUUCAGAAGUAUUUGCUUUAAAGACAUAAUGUUAUUUUACGUACUUUUUAUUUCUACAUACUAUUCUGCAAACAUGCAGUUAAUGUUAAAGUACUUAAUGAAUUCAAUAAAACUUUAAUCCUAAAU